AUACGUUCCUAAGUAGGUGGGACUUGGCUGUGACGUGCAAAAGCUGUGAUUGGUCUGGUUCUGCGCGUCCGGUACACGUGUGCUAAACAGUCACCGGAGCCGUGAUGCAGGACAUUCAAAAUGUGCCCAUUGAUAUCCAGACCAGCCGGCUGUUGGACUGGCUGGUGGACAGGAGGCACUGUGCGCUCAAAUGGCAAAGCAAAGUACAGCAGAUCCGAGAGAAGAUAAACCAAGCCUUGCAGGACAUGCCGGAGCACGAGGAGAUCAAGAGCCUGCUGUCCGGCACAUAUAUUAAUUACUUCCACUGCCUGAAGAUUGUGGAAAUCCUUAAGGGAACAGAAGCGGCCACCAAGAACCUGUUUGGAAGAUACUCGUCUCAGAGGAUGAAGGACUGGCAGGAGGUGCUGUCUCUGUAUCAAGCUGAGAAUACGUAUUUAGGGGAGUGCGGCAGCCUUUUAGUGCGAAGUGUGAGUUAUGAGAUCCCAGCUCUAAGAAAGCAAAUGUCACGGUGUCAGCAGCUGGUUGGGGAGAGUGAGCGCCGAGCGGAGGAGUGCAUGCAGGGAGCAGCUGAACAACGGGAGCGGUAUUACAGCAGCUGCAAGCAAUACGGGAUCAAUGGGGACAACAUACGCAAAGAGCUUCAGGCUUUGGUCCGUGAUAUCCCGUCACUCCUGAGACAGGUUGGAGCAGACGCGGCAGCGCUGUCACCGGCCAUCGAGCUGUACUUGGCUUGUGUGUCGUUUGUAUGUGAAAGCUCCCCAGAUCAGGCUCUCCCUCUCCUCCAGUUUGUACAAAAACAUGGAGACAGCACUGUUUACGAAUGGCGUGUUGGAGAAGCCCCAGAGAAAGUGGAGCGUCCAGAGAUUGAAGAGGAAGAAAUCUCUGAACCUGCAGCGGAAGGGGAUAUUGACUGGGGAGAUUUAGGGGGAAUAACCGCAACCCCAGGAGAGACAGGAGUGGUAUUAGAAGACACAGCGGCGGGGGAGGUAGACUGGGGGGGUGUUCAGGAUUCAGAGAUUGUUGGAGGCGAUGGGAUAGUCUGGGACAUCGAGGAGGUGUCUGCUGCAGAAAUAAUUACAGUGGUGGAAGCAGGCAAUGACGUCCCUGCAGGGGUGGCGCGUGGGUCAGACGCUCUCUCCAUUCUGGAAAACACCGAGACCAGAAAUCAGUUUGUGGAUGAAUUAAUGGAGUUGGAAGUUUUCUUAUCUCAGUGGCUUCAGGGUCUGGAUGGUGAAACAGAUAUUGUCGCCGUCACGCAGUUCCAGACUGCUCCUCCGGUUCUGCACGGACAGACCAGGGAAAAAGUAGUCUCCAUGUUGUCCGUUGUGCGAGAUUUAAUUGCCCGACUGACAGAUGUACGAAUGAGACAUCUUUUCCUCAUUCUUGCUUCUCCCCGGUAUGUGGACCGCGUGACGGAUCUGUUGCGCCAGCGGUUGAGACAGGCAGAACUCCUCGAGAAGAAAAGCGAGGCAUGGGUGGAGAGAGGCAAGGCGGCCGAGGAGGAGAGGCAGAGCGUGGAGCCAAAGCUGCUACUUAUACAAGAACGCAGCAGAGAGCUACAGGCCCAGAUUGAAGCCGAUCUGUCUAGAAGAUAUAACAACCGCCCCGUGAAACUGAUCGGUACUGGCCUCUGAUCCCUGCCCUCUGCCCUCAUACCGAGGUUUAUUCAAACAUUAAAACAUUAUUUUGAUAACGUC